UUUGGAAUAAAAUGUCGUCUUUUGUUGACGUCAGUAGACGCGACUGUGUGCGAUUUUCAACCUUCUAAUGUCACGUGUAAGGCUUUCUAAGAAUUAUCUUCGGAAUCACGGUUGAUUUGAUCUGUUUUUAUAAAUUCAGAGACGAUGUUGAUACCAUUCAGAAGGGCGUUACUUACGGCAAUCCGACAACACAACUGUAGAUUUGUUUCGGACUCUCAUGCCACUUCCAGUACAAGAAAAGGUUUAGUUCUUGGCGUGUAUGAGAAACAGCCAGACAAUGAAGGGAUACGUUUAACGGAGGCUGCGGCGGCAUUUGACAGCUCGAUCUCAGGAAAACUGUCAGGAAUGCUGACGAUAUCUGGACCUCCCCUGAAAAAAGGCAAAAGCAGGAUCUUCUAUGGCUUACAUCAGGACUUCCCUAGUGUAGUUGUUGUUGGUCUUGGUAAGAGCGGCACAGGUGUGUGUGGAAAAGAGAACUGGGACAACUGUAAGGAAAGCAUCCGUGCAGCUGUGUCAGUGGGAUGCAGGCAGCUUCAGGAUCUGGAGGUAGCUCAUGUGGAGGUGGACCCUUGUGGAGAUGGGCAGUCAGCAGCAGAGGGCGCUGUGCUCGGACUUUUUGAGUAUGAUGAGUUCAAAACAAAGAAGAAGGUCCGUGUCACGACCCAACCAUAUGGGAGUGUGGAUUCAGCAGCAUGGCAGAAAGGUGUCCUGUAUGGGGACGGGCAGAAUCUGGCCAGACGACUAAUGGAAGCUCCAGCCAAUCACAUCACUCCCACAGCGUUCGCAAACACUAUAGAGCAGAAACUCUCACCCUUUGCUCAUAAAGUGGCUGUCCACAAGAGGCGUCAGUCUUGGAUUGAGAGUGAGCAAAUGGGGGCUUUUCUCAGUGUGUCUAAAGGCUCAGAGGAGCCCCCUGUCUUUCUCGAGCUGCAUUACAAAGGCAGUUUAGACUCUGCACAGCCCCCUCUUGUGCUGGUGGGAAAAGGAAUCACCUUUGACAGUGGUGGGAUCUCUCUGAAGCCAUCUUCAGGCAUGGAUGCCAUGAGAGCAGAUAUGGGCGGAGCAGCCACUGUGUGUUCCGCUCUCGUGACGGCAGCCGCUCUCAAACUCCCAAUCAAUAUCAUUGGUUUGGCACCACUCUGUGAAAACAUGCCAAGUGGAAAAGCAAACAAACCGGGUGACGUUGUCCGUGCCAAAAAUGGCAAAACCAUUCAGGUUGACAACACUGAUGCGGAGGGCAGAUUGAUUUUGGCUGAUGCUCUGUGUUAUGCUCAUAGUUUCAAGCCCAGAGCAAUAAUCAAUGCGGCUACGCUUACAGGUGCCAUGGAUGUGGCCUUAGGUUCUGCUGCUGCAGGAGUGUUUACAAAUUCUGAUUGGCUAUGGGAGCGGCUGCAAAAGGCAAGCAUUGUUACUGGUGACAGGGUGUGGAGGAUGCCACUGUUUCAGCACUACACCAAACAAAUAACAGAGAGCGCACUGGCAGAUCUGAACAACGUUGGAAAAUGCAGCCGUUCAGGCGGCGCCUGCACUGCUGCAGCCUUCCUGAGAGAGUUUGUGACGGCUGAUCAUUGGGCUCAUCUCGACAUUGCUGGGGUCAUGACCAAUAAGGAUGAAAUCCCAUACCUGAGAAAAGGAAUGUCUGGAAGACCUACACGUACGUUGGUGGAGUUCAUUGCUGGUUUGGCCUCUGAACCCUAAUGUGACCAUUGUGACCUUUGACCUGGUUGCCUCAGAGGUAUAUCCAUGAUGUUCAGCGUUCAGAACGAUAGUUUGUGGUUAUUAAUACGUUUGCUGCUGAAAUGAGCAGACAAGUGAUCAACACAGUGAAAGGAUUGAAAAAGUCAUUGCUGAAGUGUUUAAGGCACAAGAAGAAACUUUUAGUGCCAAGAACAGAAAACAAUAUCUAAUGGAAACUGCUAACAAGCACUGCUAGAACCUGCCACACUUGCUAAAAUCUAGUUACUUUAAAUAGCAAGGAAUGAAACUGUAGAAUAUAAAAGAUCAAUUUGCUGGACUGCUCUUUUAAAAUGGUAUUGUAUAAAGAAGUGGCGCAAGGUUCUGGGAUCUUUUCAAAUUCUGCAUGUUUGUGUAAUAAGAUUACAUGGUAGCGGUAUUAUACCAUGCAUAAAUGCACAAAAUACAAGGUCAAUAAAGUAAUCUGGCAAUGAAGAUUGUGAUAAAUGUCACGGUGAAAGACUGUUGUGUUGGCAUUGAGUCUGGAUGUGCUGCCCAAAUUAUUUUUGCCUUGAAAACAUACGUUGAUUUUUGUAAACGAAGGGAAAAUAUAUUUUUCAUUAAUUCGAUCUUUCAUUAAACACUUCAUUUAUGCUUAAAAAAUGUGGCGCCUUGUUUUGCCAUAUUAAUGUUGAAAUGAACUUAAAAGUAUAAUUAUUUCAGGAUUUGCUCACCCUCAUGUUGUUCCAAACUUGUAUGACUGACAUCUGCGGAACAAGAUUUCGAAGAAUGUUGGUAACUGAACAGUUUUGGUUACCAUUGACUUCCAUUAUAUGGAUUAA